AGCCAAAAAAAAAAAGAAUAAAUCGGAAAAGCAAGAGACGCCGAAAAUUCGAAGGGGGAAGAGGAGAAGAGGGGAAAGAAGCAAAUGACGGAGGCCCCGAGCAAGAUCGAAUCCAUGAGGAAGUGGGUCGUCGAGCACAAGCUCCGAGCCGUAGGUUGCCUCUGGCUAGGUGGGAUCAGCAGUUCGAUCGCCUACAACUGGUCGCGGCCCAAUAUGAAGACUAGCGUCAAGAUCAUCCACGCAAGGUUGCAUGCGCAGGCUCUAACCCUAGCUGCAUUAGUUGGUUCUGCAUGCGUGGAGUACUACGACCAGAAGUAUGGUUCUUCUGGGCCAAAGGUGGACAAGUACACAAGCCAAUAUCUGGCCCAUUCGCAUAAAGAUUAAGGUCCCCAUGUUGGUUCAUCUCUUGACUCUUGGUGCUCAUGACCCGCCCGUGGAUGCUGGAUGUUUAUUCUUUUUGUCUUCUUACUUUAAAAAUGGUGUACUUGCCAGAGAAAUGAUAAUGGGGGAUAUAAUGCAGAUAAUUAUCAUCAUAAUUUAGCGUUAUGUUGCAUUGUCUAACCGCUCUGUUGACU